AUAGAAAUAAAGAAAGUUACUUAAAAAAGUUUAAUACCCCCGGCCGGGCAGGCAGUCCGGGAGUAACUGGCAACCGACAGGAAUGUUCAGUGUUUGAAGACCUCAUACCCGUCGCUCCUCCACCGCUCUCCCGCCGACGCUUUGGACACGCGUCGGUCAGCCUCCACCGGCGCCCAAUUUUGCGUGCUCCCCUCCGGCGUACGUGUCAAUUGUCAAGUGGGAGCAGGCGUGAACACAGAAACAGAGAAAAGAGACACCCCAAGGAAAAACAGUAUUUAAAUCGGUAAUAAUGGCGCUGGCGCAUCACAUGGUUAUGCGCCUCGCCUUCUCUCCUUUGCCUCAGUGGACAGUGGGGACGUUGUUUUUCAUUUUUGGGCCCUUCUCCUUCUUCCCUAUCUUUGCUUUUUAUGGGAGGUGCAUGUUUCUCCCCUCCCCUCAGUUUACCCAAAAAAGAAAGGGAUUAGGUUCCUUUAAAACUCCUCGCCCUCUUCCUCCCUUCUUCCCUAUCUUUGCUUUUGGCUUCUUCCAAGUUCCUACUCCCCUUCCUUUCCCCCUUUCCCUGUGCCUUUUAUGCUUGGAAUUUUAUUUUAUUUUGUUAUUAUUGUUCUUUUUUGGGUAUAAUUUCUGCUGCUUGGAUAGGGUUACAGCCUCAGUACUUCAUCCAAGCCACAGCUAGGGCACUUGGUUGAUUAAUCAUCCAGCAGAAAGAAGAAGGAACAAACAGCUUCCUAGCUAGGCUCAGGUGAUCGACGAAAAGACUGAGAGAGAGUGAGAGUAGUGAAGAGUGGUUGAAAACAGAAAAAAGAAAAACUAAAGCGAAAGGAAAGAGAAGUAAGUAAGAAUGGUGAGAGGGAAGACCCAGAUGAAGAGGAUAGAGAAUGCGACGAGCAGGCAAGUGACUUUCUCAAAGAGAAGGAACGGGCUGCUGAAGAAGGCCUUUGAGCUCUCUGUUCUUUGCGAUGCUGAAGUUGCACUUAUUAUUUUCUCGCCAAGAGGCAAGCUUUAUGAGUUCUCCAGCGCUAGUAUCAUCAAAACAAUAGAGCGGUAUGAGAAGAAGCAAAAGGAUAAUGAACCAGGGAGCAAGGGGCUUGAAGACAACACACAGAAUGACGACAGCUUCAGCAUGGCAAAGAAGAUUGAGCAACUCGAUGUUUCGAAGAGGUUGAAGCAGCUGCAUGCCCUAGCUAGUUAUAACUGGUCUACGUAAACUCUUGGGAAGCCAUUAAUUAAUCAUUGCAUAAUAUGAUCGUGUAUGGAAUUUGCAGAAAGUUAAUGGGAGAAUGUCUGGAAACAUGUUCCAUUGACGAGCUCAGAAAGUUAGAGUGCCAGCUUGAGAGAAGUAUUACCAGAAUCAGAGCAAGAAAGACCCAGCUGGUUUUGGAGCAGAUUGAGAAACUAAGGCAAGAGGAGAAGACCCUAAUGGAAGAAAACAGAAAGCUGCAGGAGAAGUGCGGAAUAAUGGAGCCAUGGAGAUUGCCAUCGGGCAACAAGAAGAAGCAGCAACUACAAGACAAGAUCAUCGUAGCAGAAGCAGCAGCUGGAGAAGAAGAGGAAGAAGAGAGAGAAAGUAGUAUCGAUGUGGAGACAGAGCUGUACAUAGGGCCAGCACCAUAUAGAAGAAGAACAACAACCAAAACUCCUACCCACUAUAUAUAAUGUAACAGUGAUGAUCACAAACCAAAAGAUUUAACUGGGUUUCCUACCCCACUUUUGUUUUUGUCAAGACCGAAAGGCACCACCAUUUGUAUUUGAGUCAGAAAGGUAUUGCUGUCUGUCUGUAUGUAUGUAUAUCCAUGGUUACGUUGUUGAACAUAUUUGUAUUCCUUCCUGUAUACAAAGUUAAAUCUUUGAUAUAUUGUUGUACCAAAGACUUUUAGAGGUUCCUUGGUGAAGUCCAGUAUAUAUAUAUAGUUCUUUGGA